UGUGUGUUCCUUCCUAGUAAAAUGGCAGAAGCCAGUAUCUCAGUGGGUCAGGACCAGUUCAGCUGCUCAAUCUGUUUGGAUCUACUGAAGGUUCCAGUGACUAUUCCCUGCGGACACAGUUACUGUAUGGACUGUAUUAAGGGCUGCUGGGAUCAGGAGGAUCAGGUUGGUGUCUACAGAUGUCCUCAGUGCAGACAUACCUUCACACCAAGACCUGUUCUGGGUAGAAACACUAUGUUGGCUGAAGUGGUGGAGAAAGUGAAGAAGUCAGGACUCCAAGCUGCUCCUCCUGCUCCUUUUUCCUCUGGACCUGGAGAUGUGGAGUGUGAUGUGUGUAUUGGGAGAAAGAAGAAAGCGGUCAAGUCCUGUCUGGUGUGCCUCGCCUCUUAUUGUAGAACGCAUCUGCAGCCCCACUAUGAGUCGGCACCUCUUAGGAAGCACAAACUGACGGAUUCCACAGGACAUCUGCAGGACAAGAUCUGUUCCCUCCACGACAAAGUGCUGGAGCUCUAUUGCCGCACCGAUCGACAGUGUGUUUGCUACCUGUGUACAGUGGAUGAACACAGAGGACACAACACGGUCUCAGCUGCUGCAGAAAAGAAUAAGAAACAGAAAGAGCUAUGGAUGAUACAGAGGGAGUUCCAGCUGUUAAUGCGGGAGAGGGAGAGGGACGUGCAGGAGCUGAGACAGGCCGUGGACUCUCUCGCACGCUCUGCACAGGCAGCGCUGGAGGACACCGAGAGCAUCUUCAGCGAGAUGAUCCGCUCCAUCGAGAGAAGACGCUCGGAGGUGAGAGACCUCAUCAGAGCUCAGGAGAAGGCUGCCAUACAUCGGGCUGAAGGUCUGCAGAAACAAGCGGAGCAGGAGAUUGCUGAGCUGAAGAGGAGACACUCUGAGCUGCAGAAGGUUUUACACACAGAAGAUGAUGUCCACUUUCUCAAGGUUUACCAGUGUGUCUGUGUCCCUCCUGGACCGGGGAAGUUACCUGCUUUCACCAUCAAUCCUCAUUGUUCUUUUGGAGAUGUGAGGAAGCCUGUCUUGGAACUGAAAAAACAAGUUGAGUUAUCCUGCAAGAAGAAAAUUGAGAAAAUCUUGCAAAAAGUGAAUAAAGAAGGUGUCCUACAUGCAGCAGAACCCAAGAGGAGAGCAGAGUUUUUGCUAUACAGCUGUCAGCUCUCCCUGGACCCCAACACAGCGCAGAGAGAGCUGUCUUUGUCUGAGGGGAACAGAGAGGUGAGAAGGAGGGGCAAACCGCAGCCUUAUCCCGACCAUCCGCACAGGUUCGACUGGCCCCAGGUCCUGUGCAGAGAGGGUCUGACGGGACGCUGCUACUGGGAGGUGGAGUGGAGCGGGACGUCUGGGGUCUACAUAGCAGUGGCAUACAAAGGGAUCGGCCGGAGAGGAAGAACUUGCAACUGUGGCCUGGGAGGCAACGACAAGUCCUGGAGUUUGGUUUGUUCUGUCUCCUCUUACUCCUUCUGGCACAAUAAUGAGAGAACAGAAGUGUACGGUCCCAGUUCCUCCACCAUAGGAGUGUACCUGGACCACAGCGCAGGAGCUCUGUCCUUCUACAGCGUCUCAAAGGACACCAUGACCCUCCUCCACAGGGUCCAGACCAGCUUCACUGAGCCCCUCUACCCUGGGUUUUAUGUUUUUAAAGGAACUGACGCUAAGCUUUGCUCUGUGCCAUGA